AUUUUAAUUGUCUAUGCCACAGACGCCAAAUGUCGCCAUCGAUCAAUGACAUUUUGUGAAGUUGAAUUUAUUGAUAUAAAGCGUUAAUGUAAAUAAUAAACAAUUUCAACAUAAACGUCGGCUUCCAGUCGAUAUGUAUGCCAAGGGCAAAAGCUCUGCGGUACCUUCGGACGCUCAGGCACGGGAGAAGUUGGCCCUUUAUGUGUAUGAGUACUUACUGCACGUCGGGGCACAGAAAGCGGCGCAGACUUUCCUUUCUGAAAUACGAUGGGAAAAGAACAUAACACUCGGCGAGCCGCCCGGAUUCCUGCAUUCCUGGUGGUGUGUUUUCUGGGACCUGUACUGCGCCGCGCCUGAAAGGAGGGACACAUGCGAACACUCCUCUGAGGCUAAGGCAUUCCAUGACUAUGGAUUCGUCAAUUCAGGUUAUGGUGUUAACGGCAUCGGUCACAACGCAGGCCCGGCGCCGCCUAAUGACGGUAUGGGUGGCGGAGGUAUGCCACCAGGUUUCUUCCCCAACUCCUCACUCCGACCAUCACCGCCAGCCCCACAUCCUGGAUCUCAGCCCUCACCGCAUGGACCACAGCCACAGUUGAUGGGGACAGGCCAGCCGUUCAUAGGGCCCUGGUACUCGGGAGGACCAAGAACAGCCGUCAGAAUGGGCAUGGGAAAUGAUUUUAAUGGUCCUCCAGGUCAAGGCAUGAUGUCGAACUCCUUGGAGCGAGGCAGCGGUAUGCUGGGCGGGCCGCGCAUGACUCCGCCCCGCCCCGGCAUGGGACCCAUGAGCCCUGGUGCAUAUGCAGCCGGCAUGCGUGGCCCACCGCCACAAGCCCCAGGUAUGCCACCAAUGGGUAUGGGACCACGUGGCGCUUGGGCCGGCGGAAGUGGCGGCGCUGGUGGGGGAUCCGCCCCCCUCAACUACAGCGGAGGCUCGCCCGGCGCGUACGGGGCGCCUCCCGGGUCCAAUGGACCCCCAGGACCUCCGACUCCCAUCAUGCCAAGCCCACAGGACUCAUCCAAUUCGGGCGGUGACAACAUGUACACAUUGAUGAAGCCGGUGGGCGCAGCCCUAGGGGCAGAGUUCCCGCUCGCCGGCGAGCACGGGCCCUCGUCGCAGCACCUACCUCAGCCUCCCACUUCCGAAGGGCUAGGCGGGGUGGACGGUAUGAAGGCGUCCCCGGGCGGUGUCGGGGGCGGAGGCCCGGGGACUCCGAGAGAGGACUCCGGCUCUGGAAUGGGGGAUUACAAUUUAAGUUUCGGCGGACCGGGCGGCGAUCAGAACGACCAGACGGAGUCGGCGGCCAUUCUCAAGAUAAAGGAGAGCAUGCAAGAGGAGGCGAAGAGAUUCGAGAAGGAUCCGGACCAUCCAGAUUACUUUAUGCAGUGAGCGUCUUACGUCUACAAUCGUUAAAAUGGCGCCGGUUUUUUUGUAUUCCAGCGAUCUGAUGCGGUUCGUUGCUAGCUAGGUCCCACUCUUGCGUUUUCGGUCGCGUUAUUUAUUAGUUAUUUUCCUUUUAUGCAUUAUAAUUUAUGGCACCAGAGUUUUAUUUACGCGGGCGGCUUUUUGGCGGUCGAUUCGUCUGUGACAGCUGUCAGCGUCGCUUGACGUUUUGACGGAUUGUCUUUUUUUUUUUGUUUGUUAAUCACCAGCGAUUGAUGUAAUCGAUUUUUUUAAAUCGUUUUUUUUUUCUUAUUUAAAACAUUUUAAAAAUUUCUAUGUUUAAAUAUUAUUUUUUAUUAAUCAAUUAUCACGUCAAAAAGUUGCCAACAACUCAGCACUUAGGGAUGAAAUAGAGAAUAUUUUUAUGUCAGUAUGUUCGUAUUAUAUAGAUUAUUAUUAUUAUUAAAUUCUGUAUUUAUGUCUGUAAUAUAUUUAUUGCUAAAUUCAACGCAUUAGGGAUUUGUGAGCAGUUCUAUCGAUGCAUCGAUAUAUCGAUGUUCGUGAAAUCUUCCAUAUAUAUAUAUUUAAAUUAUUAAUUGAUUUUUAUUUUAAGUUGAAUGUUCCUAAUUGCUUUUUGUGUGAUCUUUAUGCUAUCAGAAUAUAAUGAAAUUUCAACGUACAUGUAACAAAAGCUGUUUAUUUCGAAACUUCCAUCGAGAGCCCCGGCCGGGGAAGCAUUUAUUACGUCGUUUUCGUUUAGCACUUACUAAAUGUCCAAUGAAAUUUUGUACAAAUUGGAUAAAAUAAAAAAAUACUUUUUAUACAACAAUUCUUCAAUCCCCCGUUAUCGUUAAGAUAGUGUAAUAUUUUUAUUAUAAUUAUUAUUUUUUUUUCUUUUUCGGUGUAUGGAAUGCUGUAUAAAAUAAAUGGUAAAAUAAGUCUAGAUAAAGAGACUCCUUGGGUUAUUUUAGUGAACCGCUGUAUGGGAAUCUCGAUUUAUUUUUUUGUUUCGGAAUAUGUAAAUAAAAUCGAUUGUAUUAUUUUCUUCAUUGAUUAAACGAACUAAAAAAACCCAAGACGAGUUAUAGAUGUAAGUUAGUUUAACGGAAAAAAAAUGCAAUUUUUUUUUAUAUUUUUUUUUUAUUUAAAUCAAAUCGUAGCGUGAGUUUGCGAUGUUUUUCAAUACUAUAGAGAAUUAAUUAUGAUUUGUGAAUUAGUAAAUUAAUUAAUUAUUAUUAUUUUGUCUAUGUAAUGUUUAUAUACUUACUAAAUAGUUAUGAUAUAUUA